AUGACGUCAGAGAUUUCCUGCAAUCCACAGUUCAUUGGAGACCACCUGCCGUUAUCUGUUGCCAUUCGGGAAGGUCAUGAAGAAAUGGUUGAGCUCCUGUUGAAACAUGGUGCUGAUCCGAAUGUCGACAACUAUAGGGAUAUAUCACCCCUAGUUCAUGCUGCCGAAAAAGGAAAUUCAAACAUCAUCAAGUUACUUCUUGCAUAUGGUGCGGAUAUAAACUUGGUACCAGUCAAUGGAAGCGUCACCAAAAGUGCAUUACAUUGUGCCGUCGUUCGCGAAAACUUGGAUGUUGUCCAAUUAUUAUUAGACAACAUUAUGAUCGACGUCAACACUGUGAUCGCCAACAAGAUGAUAGCUCUUCAUUCCGGAGCUCUAUUCAUCGAUGACAACUUUAAUGUUGUACAGCAUCUGCUUGAUGCUGGUGCUGACGCCAAUGCAGUCAAUGGAUAUGGUCAUUCGGCAUUAGACAUAUCAUGUCUAAAAUGUUCAACGGAGAUUGAAUCAAUGAUACUAAAGCACAUCGUCAAACUCAGUGCGGCUAAUUUUUAUGUAUCAAAAAAAAAUUUGGCUGAGGUAACUGAUAAAGUCUUUGAAGAACUGCGUAUUCAGUGUUGUGAAGAAGUCCAGAAAAUGAAAAAAACGUAUAUUACUGGGAGUAAUUUUACGUUUUACGAUGUUUUGUGUAUGGACCAACACAGUUUAGCUGUCCGAUUGACGCAUAUCAAGCCUAAAAUUAUUAUUAACUUAAAUACAGAGUCCAUUUUUCCACUGUACGGCGGAAUGUUGAAUUAUCGCUUAAAGAAAGAACUAAGGCGAAAGAAAUUAUUAUUAAAAGUUAAAAGUAGAAUAUACAGUAUUUUCGAUAAAAUGGAACUCCCAAGUACUUGUACAAGGGAGGUUUUUUAA